AUGAGAAAUAAAGGAUUAAAAUACCAAGAACAAUUAUUAAAUUGUGAAGUGGGAGCUAAUAAUAAUACUUCAUCCACUUUAUAUACGAACUGCAAAAAGUUAACAGAGAAAAUACUAAAAGUUCAUAUUUACCUUUCAGAGCUUAAAAUGGAAUAUGAAAAACUUAAUGAGAAGUUAAUAUUAUAUAAACAUAUUUCAGAAAGUGAAGAUAGUAAUAUAGUUCCAAGAGAAAACUUAGGCUUAGACUCAUAUUAUGAUAAUGAACAAAAUGAUGAUAUAUUUUCACAAACAAAAAGUAGAAAUAUACCUUUAUUUCCUCUAUCUUCUAACUGUCCAUUAGAUGGUGAUAACAGAUAUAAGGCUAAAGAGGAAAUUAUAAAGGAAAUAAUGAAAUUGGGAGAAUCUGUAAAAAGUAUAUUAAAACCUGCAAAAGAAAGAUCACUAAGACAAAUUGAAGAGAAAUCUAAACAAAUGAAAUCAAAACAAGAUGAGAAUUUAUCUAUUAGAUCUCGUCCUGUAAGUACUAGUAAUAAAAUGAGAGUAAAAUUCCUCAAUGAUAUUACUUUAUCUACUUCUAAUUUGAAUUCUAUGAAUAUUGAUAGUAAUAAUAAUGAAGAGUCUUCUAAUGACAGUUUGAAAGGAAAUAUAGAUACCUCAAGUUACUUAGAUAAUAUGAACCUUAGAAAAAUAAGAAAGAAAAGGGGAAUUUCAAGAGCUGAUAUCAAGAAAAUUAGUGAUAUUUUAGAUUCAUAA